AUGUCUAGCGACACAGCCUCGACCACCGCCGCCCUCUCCUCCGCACUCCUCGACAUCAUCGCCUCCGCAUCCACCACCGCCAGCCUCGCCUCCGCCUCCGCUUCUCUCGGUGAUGUCGCAACCGCCACAACUUCCGUCUCAGACGGCACAGUGGGCAAUGGCACGACCGUCUUUGACGGCGGCAUGGCGGAUCCUAAUGUCGAUCUGGGGAGUGACGAAGGAAGCUAUAUUCUGAAUACCUUCAUAGGGCUCCUUAUAGUGCUCGUGUCUUCAGUCUUCAACGCAUUGGGACUGAAUCUUACAAAGCUCGAUCACAUCAAGCAACAAGAAAUACCGAGGAGACAACGAAAGAAGGAGUAUCUCAGAGUGCUUUGGUUGUCAGGGAUGGGCAUGUACAUUGCAUCGCAAGUCUUCGGAUCCCCUCUAGCCCUGCGGUACCUCCGCCCAGAUUGGGUCGCCCCUCUAGGGAGUAGCUCACUUGUUCUCAACUUUUUGUUUGCCUAUUGGCUCGUAGGAACUCCGGUAACGGCAACAGACAUUCGAGGGACGGCGGUGAUCAUCAUAGGCGUCAUUCUCAUCAUUGUGUUUUCCAGCAUAAACCAUGGCCUGAUACAAAGCCUGCCCAUUGAACGCUUGAAUUCUCUCUGGUCUCGAGGGGCAUGGAUCGCCUACUUUAUAUUCAACAUUCUCUUUACAGCUUCCACCUAUAUCGUCUCCUCCCUCUUCAAGACCCUCCUCCGCUCCCGCGCCUCAUUUUCGCCUCUUCCUUCACCCUCCCUCGAGCUUCCUACAUCUCGAUCUCCCUCCAGCCCGAAUUUUAUUGUCAAAUUCUACCAAACGAUCAAAGGCACAUGGGAAAGGUUUGAGAGAAUGGCAGUUCGCAGGUUGGAAAUCCUUUUCCAGCGGACAGGGGAUGAACGAGUGGUGUGGCUACAGGGAAUCGGAUGGGGCGUGGCCGGAGGUAGUCUUGCGGGGCUGUGUUUGGUGUUUACCAAAGCGGCAGUCAAGAUGAUGGGUUUGCCUGGGCAUCCUUUCCUCCACCCCUCGUCACUCAUUUCCCUUAUAUGCGUCAUUGUCACUGCCAUCCUUCAGAUUGUCUGUCUCAACCGGGCUCUUGAAUGCGCCGAUACGGUCGUAGUUGUACCACUGUUCUACGCUGGCUACACCGUCUUUGGAUUCAUCAACUCGCUCAUCUUUUACGAUGAGGCUGGGCAAUACGCCACUUGGGUCCUUGUCGCCGUCUUUAUGAGCAUUGGUGUCUUGAUCCUCGGAGUCGUGCUUCUCUCUCUCAAAUCGUCUGCCAAGGCGGAAUCGGAUCCAUACACCGUCGGUGAAACGGUCCAAGCAGGCGGGUCUAUGCGUCUGAGACCAAGAGCCCCCAAGAGGAGCACGGAGGAUGGGCACGAUGAAGAUCACGAGGAUGGGCACGAAUCGAGAGCGGAAAACGUGCUGUGGGAAGUCGGAAGCGCAAGUGACCAAUCGGAUGAUGAAAACGAAGAGAAUGCGCAAAAGAACAGGGGCGUGGGCGGUGUCAAGGGAGGGACCGGCGAGAGACGAGGGCUUUUGGGGGAAGAAGAGGAGGGUAGACAUGAGGGCGACGAAGAAGGUGACAAGAGCAAUCCUUUUGAAGAAGGUGAUGAUGGAUUUGGAGAGUAUGCCGGGGUGGGGGCGGACGAUGAGAGAGAAGACAAGGGGAAAUAA